AUGAAGGCCCCACUGGACGCCGGUUACAGAGAUGGGCCCGAGGCAGCUGCUGCCCGGCAGCGAGAUCGGGUCUCGCCAUCAGCGGCUGCUGGUUACCUGGUGGGCACAGCCCUGCUGGCCUGGCCGUGUGGGACGGGGGCCUACGGUGGAAGCGUCUUCCCCACGCUGCCCGGGCUCCGCGGGCUCCAGAUCCUGCAUGUCCUGGCCCUGCCUCAGUUUCAGCCCCUGGUCGUGAGAGCCCCGGAGGCCUUGAGGAGGGGCAGCCAGGCCGCCCUGCCCCAGGCCCCACCCCAGGACAGCCCCAUCCGGACUGCGGACCAAGCGGCUUGGCCAGGGGACACAGCUGCCUACAGCCCCGGCACCAUGAACGACACCUGCGGCUCUGGGAACCUGACCUGGCCCCCGUGGCUGGAGCACACCUUCUCCGCCUACCUGACCUUGCUGCUGGUGCUGGGCCUGCUGCUCAACGGGCUGGCGCUCUGGGUGUUCUGCCGCCGCAUGCGGGGCUGGACGGAGGCCCGCGUGUACAUGACCAACCUGGCCGGGGCCGACCUCUGCCUGCUCUGCGCCCUGCCCUUCAUGCUGCACUCCCUGAACCACACCUCGGACACGCCGCUGUGCCAGCUCUCGCAGGCCGUGUACCUGCUGAACAGGUACAUGAGCAUCGGCCUGGUCAUGGCCAUCGCCGUGGACCGCUACGUGGCCGUGCGGCACCCGCUGCGUGCCCGCGGCUUGCGCUCCCCGCGGCAGGCGGCGGCCGUGUGUGGGACCCUCUGGGUGCUGGUGGCCGGCUCCCUGGGGCUGCGCUGGCUGCUGGGGGUGCAGGAGGGCGGCUUCUGCUUCCGGAGCCGCUCGGGACACACACUGCACACGUCCGUGUUCUCGCUACUGGGCUUCUACCCGCCGCUGGCAGUGCUGGCCUUCUGCUCCCUGCAGGUGGGGGCCGCGCUGGCCCGGAGCCCGGCUGCCAGCUCGGGGCAGGGCGCGGCCACCCGCAGGGCUGCCCGCAUGGUCUGGGCCAACCUGGCGGUGUUUGUGGUCUGCUUCCUGCCGCUGCACGCGGUGCUGACGGCACAGCUGGCCAUGGGCCUGCAGCCCUGCGCUGUGCAGCUCGCGUUCAGGCGCGCCCUCUUUGUCACCAGCAAGCUCUCAGACGCCAACUGCUGCCUGGACGCCAUCUGCUACUACUACACGGCCAGGGAGUUCCAGGAGGCGUCCGCCCUGGGCCGGCCCCACAGUGCCAAGGCCUGCAAGAGCCACGAGUCCCUGUGCGUGACCCUCACCUAGUCCCGUGGGCCCCGUCUCAGGCUGGGGGGAGCCUGACCAGCAGCAAGGAGCCCAGGAUGGGUCCUGGACUCUGAGGGCUGUGGGUGCUGCCCAGGGAGCAGGGACUGGGUGGACAAGCCGGGCACAGGCCUGGAGCGCUGCACCCACGCCCCAGGAAGGGGCACCCGAGGGCUUCCCAAGGCCACACCCAGCCCUUGCACCGGGCUUUGGGGCUGGAAUAAAGGCCAGUCUCUGGAGCUGGUCCU